AUGUCUGCUGAUAAGGAAGAAGACGUCUGUAAUCAUGUGAAGGUGGUGGUCCGUGUCCGUCCAGAGUCCAAAAAGGAAAAAGAUGGCAACUUUAGCAGAGUUGUUCAUGUUGUUGACCAGCACAUAGUGGUCUUUGAUCCAAAAGAGGAAGAAGUUAGCUUCUUUCAUGGGAAAAGACUGAACAAUAGGGACAUUACUAAAAGAAAACAGAAAGAUCUUAAAUUUGUGUUUGAUGCCGUAUUUGAUGAAAGUUCAUCCCAGCUGGAAGUUUUUGAGCAUACUACCAAAAGCUUAAUUGAUGGCUUCUUAAAUGGAUAUAACUGCACAGUGCUUGCUUAUGGUGCAACGGGAGCUGGAAAGACUCAUACGAUGUUAGGUUCCCCUGAAGAUCCUGGAGUGAUGUAUUUAACUAUGAUGGCACUUUAUAACUGCAUGGAGCAAAUUAAAGAGGAGAAAACAUGUAAUGUUGCUGUCUCUUAUUUAGAGGUCUACAAUGAACAGAUCCGUGACUUGCUGGUCAGCUCGGGACCUCUCGCUGUUCGUGAAGAUGCUGAGAAAGGGGUGGUAGUUCAAGGGCUAACUUUACAUCAGCCUAAAUCAGCAGAGGAAAUCCUUCAGAUGUUGGAUUAUGGAAAUAAAAACAGAACUCAGCAUCCCACAGAUGUAAAUGCCUCCUCAUCCCGCUCCCAUGCUGUCUUUCAGAUUUAUCUGAGGCAGCAAGAAAAAACAGCCAGUAUAAAUCAAAGCGUUCGCAUUGCCAAAAUGUCUCUGAUUGACCUGGCAGGAUCUGAACGAGCCAGUGUGACAAAUGCCAAGGGGGCUCGUUUCAGAGAAGGAACAAAUAUUAACCGCUCCCUGCUAGCUCUUGGAAAUGUCAUUAAUGCCUUGGCAGACCCAAAGAGCAAGAAACAGCACAUUCCUUACCGGAACAGCAAGCUUACGCGCUUGCUGAAAGAUUCUCUUGGAGGAAACUGCCGCACAGUAAUGAUAGCGGCCGUUAGUCCGUCUUCUAUGUUCUAUGAUGAUACAUACAACACUCUUAAGUACGCAAACCGAGCAAAGGAUAUCAAGUCUUCUUUGAAGAGCAAUGUUGUUAGUGUGGACAGUCACAUAAGCCAGUAUGUUAAAAUUUGCAAUGAGCAAAAGAAAGAGAUCCUAAAGCUGAAAGAGAAACUGAGAGAAUAUGAAGAAAAGCAAGCUGGCAUUCCUGAAAACCAUGAUGGUGAAUUUCUUUCAAAGAAUCAGCAAGCAGAAAUACAAAGAUACAAAGAAACCCUUAAAAGUGUAUUUGCAAACCGUGAGGAAAUCAGAAAGGAAUACCUCAAGUUGGAACUGCAGCUGAAAGAAAACACACUGAAGACAUAUUACCAGAAACAAUGUCAUGACCAAAUUCAACUAGUGUGCUCUGAAGAAAGAAUAGAAAAGGCCACUUGCAAGCGGGAUCAGAAGCUUGCAAGGCUUCGAACCUGCUACGAACACAUGCAGAAGAAGAAAGAAGAGGAGAUUGAACAUUUUGAGGAAAAUACCAAUUGGCUGCAUCGUGUUGAAAAUGAAAUGCGCCUCCUGAGUCAAGAUGGGUGUAUUCCAAAGGAACUCUGUAAAGAUCUGCAGUGUUGCCAUUUAAACCUAGAAGUUAAGGACCUGAAAGCUCAGAUUGAGCACAUGGUAUUUCUGGUGUCCCUUCAAGAUCAGCAUUAUAAACAGACAGAAAAAGUACUAAAUACUUUGCUUCCAGUUCUUCGCAAGCAAUACCUGACUUUGAAGGAAGCUGGGUUGACAAAUAAUUUAACUGAGACUGAAUUUGGGGAGAUACAGCAGUUGAUUCAAAGACAAAAAUCAGUAGUUUGGGCUGACCAGACUGAGGAAAAGGAACAAAACGAAAAAGAUGAACUAGACUUGCCAGAGAUCUUUACAUUUCCACAACUCGUGAACAGACUGAACACCCCAUGCCGUACAACUUUUGGAACAUCAUCACAAGAAGUGCAUAAAAACAAGCAGCAACUGGUAGAAUUUGCAGUACCAGCACAGAAGACAGCCAGGCGGAAGCUGAUGGACUCGCCGGUCACAGCUCAAAGUCCUGCUGUAUCCAAGCCCUCCAGCCUCCAGCAUCUGGACGAUUCCCUCACCAAGGAAGUCCACCCUAUUGUGUAUACACCAGAAUUGUAUGGAAAGUCAGUACAAAGCUGCUGCACACAGACUGUGGUAAAGAAAGCUUUACACCUCACAGGCCUUCAGGAAGCCGAUGCAUGUAAUAUAGACAUACCAGUGAAAAGGGCGAAAAUUACGGACUCUACAUGUGACAUAAUCCCAGAGUGCAAUGAAACUGACAUGAACUCUACAGUAGUUCUCAGUGAAGUGACAGGUGAAACAACUGACAUGUCUACUGACUCAUCCGUGAAGGACUCACAGCCAUGCAGCAAUAGCGUUCUGCAAAGACUUGAUCUCUCUUCCUUAAAAAACAAAAAUCUUACUUCAGUAUUUGAGAAGCCCUCAUACAUGUCAAUGACUUCUGCUGCAGAGAGAAAAAGAAAGGUAUUAAGUUCCACAUCAAACACUGGGCUGGGCAGCCUUCAUAUUUCUCCAAAGCGCAUUCGUCGAGAGGUCUUGUUAAGCCACAGAGCUUUGCGAGUACCCAAAAUAGUAGGAAUGAAAAUGAAGGACCAGAAGCAAGAACAGGAUGUGCCAAGAAACUUAGUUAGAAGCUUUUCUGCAGGAAAUGGAGCACUGAGUGUUAAUUCAAGGACAUCAAAAAAUCUUUUACUUCAUAAGAAAAAAAAUAGGAUUUAG